GUUUAAGCCAUUAGUUUAUACGUCCGUGUCGUAAAACCAUUGAAUCUCAAAAGCAUCGAAACAAAAACCAAACAAUUCCAGCCUAGUAGAAGUCUAGUAAACCCACCAAAGCACUUGGUUUUGUCUUCAUUUCUUGCUUAAACCGCCUAUGGUUUUCCACCUUUCCCCACCAUUUAAAACCACCCAACAUUACAUUUCAACACCCAAAACUGAAAAAGAAGGAACCUGUAGGAAAUAUCAUUACCCUUUGUGACAAUGAGUGGAGUUACAGGGAAAGCAUGGGUUGUGGCAGCUACAAUUGGAGCGGUGGAGGCAUUGAAAGACCAAGGAAUAUGUAGAUGGAAUUAUACUAUAACAUCGCUUGUUCAACAUGCCAAUAACAAUAUCAGAUCUUUGACUCAGGCCAAGAUGACUUCUUCUUAUUCUUCUUCUUCUUCUUCUUCUUCUUCAGCUGCUGCUGGUGCUGCUGCUGUUUCAAAUAAGCUGAGAGAGGAAAAGAGGAGAAAAGCUGAGGAGAAUAUGAGGAAAGUCAUAGAUCUGAACUGUUGGGGUCCAACUACUGUUAGAUUUUAAUGUUAUGAUCAUAUAUAUAGAAAGUUUUGUUGGAGAUCAAAAAGAGGGAUGAUAUAUAUGGAUAGAUGCUAAUGAGCCUUUUGCUUUUUCUUAUUGCAAGAUUUGGCUCUAUGUAAUUGAUUGGGGAUCAAGUCAUGAAAUAUGAAAUUUUCAAUCUAGAUUUUGGAUUCCAAUCAUUUCCUUUUUUUUUUUUUUUCUGAUUUUUCUAAUCAAUUGAUUGGAUUCUAUACAAAUUGAGAGCAACUCUCAAAUUUCCAAAAAUCAAAUUCAAAGUCUCUCCUCAAUACAUCUUUCAACAUGUUUGAUUUGAUUAUAUAGUUGUUGAUACAUUCAUGAUUUAUAAAAUGUGAAUCUGUUAUAUCUAUAAAAAAAAAGAAAUUAAAGAAGGUGUGAAUUUAUAUAGUUCCUGAGGAUAUAUGCAUAGUUAGAACCGAGGAACAUAGAAUUAAACAAAUAGGUAUUAAAAUUGAGUCUGAAAUUUCAAGAUUCCAAAUCCUUUUGUUUGUCAUUAAGAUAAGAUUUUAUUGGCAAUUUUGAACAACUUCAAUGCUUUACUUAUUCUAUUAAUGUUAGCUUAAAAUUUUGAUUAAAGAGAUGAAAAUUUGAAAUUAAAGCCAAAAUAACAAUCUGUGUAAAGUAAAUUUCUAGAAAUUUCACUUUGACAUUUCCCUUUUAAUUACUAUCGAAAGAUUCUUCAAUCAAAGCGUAUCGACAAAUCCAUCAAAUGAGUUGGAAAGGCAUUUUUUGGUAUUUAAAAUACUAGGGGUUUCUACUUUCGGCUAUGCCUACAGUUUUUCAUUUCUUUGCU